GAGUGUUCCGAACAUGUCUCAUGCCAUCGAUGAGAUGAUCAAGGAGCGGUUUAAGGAGUACCGCAGUGAUUUACACCAGCGGUACAAGCGGUGCAGGAGCCUCGAGGAGGCCGUACUGACCGCACCACCGCACGUGACCAUUGACGAUUGGCGGAUACUCUGUGAGAGAUUUUCGUCUGAGUCUUUUCAGAAGAGGAGAAAAAUAAAUUCUACGAACAGGGGAAAGUUGGAAGUGAACCACAUAGCUGGUUCAAAGUCAUUUGUACAACUUCGUCGCGACAUGGUAAGAAGAUACUGCGAGAUUCCAUCACUGGAUAGGAGCCCGAACCAGUAA